AUGAGCGGUGGCGCCCUGGGCAUCGAGAUAGUGCUGGUCUUCUUCCUGCCUCUAUUUCUCCUGCAUCGCUAUGGAGAUGUCCGCAAGCAACACCCACUGGUGCUGUUCGGGACCCUCCUGUCCUGGUAUCUCUGCUUCCUCAUCGUCUUCAUCCUCCCCCUGGACGUCAGCACGGUACGUUGCCCCUAGACGCUGAUCUGGGGUCAGUUUAGCAUUUCCCCCACUAAUGGUUAAGGUUGGUAGUUGCGGAGGGGAAGCUGAUCCUAUAUCUGUAACUAGGGUAAACUUCGCCCCACAGUGGAUGAAAAGCUGCUCCUUUAGGAAGCUGUACAAUACGGGUGUUAAAGUUAUGAAUAACCGUUACUCUGUCAUGUAAAAUAGUAGAACAGUAAAUUACUGUACUGGCUUCAUUGUGUGUGUGUGUGUGUGUGUGUGUGUGUGUGUGUGUGUGUGUGUGUGUGUGUGUGUGUGUGUGUGUGUGUGUGUGUGUGUGUGUGUGUGUUGUGUGUGUGUGUGUGCGUGCGUGUGUGUGUGUGUGUGUGUGUGUGUGUGUGUGUGUGUGUGCGUGUUUGUGUGCGCCCAUUCUUAUUUCAGACCAUAUAUAACCAGUGUAAGAUUGACAAUGAGAAACCCAAGGCUCUGACCAGUGCAGACCACUUUAAUCAGACAUCCAACUCAUCUGUCUUCCCUACGACAAGGUACAGUACCCACAGAUCUGGUCCGGUGCGUUACCGCGUUCCUCAACUAGCACCCUGUUACGCUAUGCACUGAACGCCAUUGACAAAAUCCAUGACCAAUUUGUGUAGUGACUGGCUUCAAUGUAGCGUAAGAGGGCGUUUGUAGAGGAACUCACUAACUAACGACCUGGACUAGAGCUAAGGACCCACUGCACUGUCUGCUGACAACUUUACGAUUUAUGGUUAUGCAACAAUUGUACUGUAUUCAUGUGGUUUCCUUUACAAUGUGUACAUAGUGUUGUCUCUUAUGAGGAUGACCUGUGCUCCACACGGAGUAAAAUGAUUUAAGUCAAGUAAGACAGGUGUCUCUUUAAUUACAGCACAUCUAAAGUAUGUCACAAGCCGUGGAGCUAUAUCCCGGACGGAAUCCUGCCAGUGUUCUGGCGUGUGGUCUACUGGAUGUCUCAGUUUCUGACCUGGUGAGCUCCAAACACUGUCCACCCCCCUCUGACUGCAAUAGCUACCAUUUGCCAGAAGAUUUUCCACUCUAUUUUUGGCUAAUGUGUUUUUGUUGUUGUUAUUUGUCUGUCUGUCUGUCUGUCUGUCUGUCUGUCUGUCUGUCUGUCUGUCUGUCUGUCUGUCUGUCAACAGGCUGUUUCUCCCCUUCAUACAAUCCUAUGCCCGCUCCGGGGGCUUUUCUAUCACUGGAAAGAUCAAGACAGCUCUUAUCGAGAACGCCAUCUACUAUGGCACCUACCUGAUCAUCUUUUGCUCCUUGCUUAUCUACGUGGCUGUUCAUCCCCAGUGGCAGCUGACCUGGUGAGUAAACCAUCCGUGUCCCCCUCCUCCUGCCUCCUGGGUGAAGAUUCCCCUAGGGACAGAUCCCCCUUCCCCAAUCCUAACCAUAGCUAUUAGUAGGGACAUUUCCAAACUGACCCUGGAUCAGCGUGUAUGUGUCUCUGUCUACUCUUCCAGGCGGGGCCUGCAAACCAUUGGCAUCGCAGCAGCAAACACCUGGGGGCUUUUCCUCUUGGUGCUGUUGCUAGGUUACGGCCUGGUGGAGAUCCCGCGCUCCUACUGGAUCUCCUCUUGCCCCGAUUACCUGUUGGCCAAGACCUACUUCAAGGUGGCCAAGCUGGCGACGGAAAAGGCAGACGCCGACGAAAACAUGGAGGACGCCAUGGAGGUGAGAUGGAUGACAAGAACUAAAGUAUGAUGGUUUUUAAAGGUCCGCUCGGCGAUAUGGCGUGUCCGUAGGCAUAAGUGGGCAGACCUCCAACACAAACAAAGACAGUACGAAGCAAAGGGGCUAAUCUUGGCAGCGUUUGUUCUCACGUUGUACGAGAGAGGAGCGGACUCCUGUGCAGAUGGUAAAUAUUGUCUGGGUCCAAAAUGGCUCCUUCUGGGCCCUGGUCAAAAGUGGUGCGCUAUUUAUGGAAUGGGGUGACAUUUCUGACGCAACCAUUAUCUGUUUGGGGAGCUCAUAUCAGAUCAGCCUCUUGCUUUGCACUCUCUCUCAGAUGUUUGCACCACUCUUUAUAGAGAGACAGUCAUAUCGCUGAGUCUGAGUAGAAGUAUGACAAAUCAAUGCAUUGUUUUUGGGCCAUUGAAUGGAACGAAUGAAAUUCCUCUUUGACAGGAGGUGGCAAAUGCCAACGAAUCCAUCGGGUACAGUCACCCACUAAGGAAAUGCAUUGACACUAUUUUGAGAAAGGUAAGACUGUUAGAACAAAGGCAAAUACCUCCAUUUGUAAACCAGUGGUACAGUCUAUAAUAAUGACAAUUAAUCAUGUUAACCAUUAGUAUGAAUGACUUAAGUCUAAAAUCUCAAAUAAGCACAUCCAUUUUAGUGUCCCACGGAAAUCCGGGAGAAAAUGGUGAGGCUGAACAUGGAGGAUGAAAGCACACAGAGGGCCCAUCCCUCCAGAAGGAGCCUGGUGAAGCUUCAUAAGCAGGUCAUUAUGUUUAGCAUUUCCCCCCCGCUAAUGGUUAAGGUUAGGAUUGGGGGAGGGAAGCUGAUCCUAGUGUUGUGUGUUGGCCAGGUGAUCUAUGCUGGCCAGAGACACAGUCAAACCCAGGUCCAGUGGGCGAUCCUUCUGGAAGAGGCCUUCCAUUUAGAGGACGUGUGUAAGAACGAGGCCAGUCCCUCCCACCAGUUUGUCCAUAGUUUCCUCUCCUCCCAGCCACCCGGCUGGCUCGGCAAACACCUGUACACUCCCACCAUAGGUAAGUUCAAGUAGGGGACGACUGAAUUCUUCAAUAGGCCUAUGGCGCCGUCCCAAAUGGCACCCUAUAGGGCCGUGGUCAAAAGUAGUGCACUAUGGGAUAGGAUGCUAUUUGGGACACAAUCUACUGUAUGCCUACUGUCUAUCCAUGGUCAGCUUACCUACUCUCUGGUGUACUGUGGACAUGUUGAACUCUGGAUGUCGUGA